AUGGAACUUGUUUUUACCAAAUGGGCAUGCACAUUCUUACUGUCUUGUUUUCUCAUCAAUUCUAGAGCAUAUUCAGUGGAGGGUUUACUUGGAGAUUCUAAAGUUAGAGGAGUGAACUUAGGUGGGUGGCUGGUUAUUGAAGGUUGGAUCAAACCUUCGUUGUUUGAUGGCAUUGCCAAUGGAGACAUGCUUGAUGGGACAGAGGUGCAGUUUAAGUCAGUGACAUUACAGAAAUAUGUAUCUGCAGACAAUGGGGGAGGAAUGAAUGUGACAGUUGAUAGGGACGUUCCGUCUUCAUGGGAAACAUUCAGGUUGUGGAGAGUAUCACAAUCUGAAUUUCAAUUCCGUACUGCACAAGGCCAAUUUCUUACAUGUGAUGGUGGAGGCUGCACUGUCUCUGCAACAGCAAAAUCGCCUUCAACAUCAGAGACAUUUGAAGUUCAGCGUAAUGAGAAAAAUAGGAUUCACAUCAAGAUAAAGAACGGGCCCUAUCUGCAGGUUACAACUGGUAAUCAGCUCACGGCAAACUAUCCAGGCGCACCGGGAUGGGAUGAUAAUUCAGCCACGUUUGAAAUGACAAUUGUAUCAAAUAACCUUCAUGGAGAUUAUCAGCUAGCAAAUGGUUAUGGACAUGAUAGCGCAGAGGAUGUUCUUAGGAGGCAUAGAAAUAGCUUUAUUACAAUAGAGGAUUUCAAAUUUCUAUAUGAACAUGGAAUAAAUACGGUGAGGAUUCCGGUUGGGUGGUGGAUUGCUUUUGAUCCUGAUCCUCCAAGUCCAUUUAUUGGAGGAACUCUUGAAGCUCUAGAUAAUGCAUUUUCAUGGGCACAAGAAUAUGAUAUAAAAUGCAUAAUUGACCUUCAUGCUGCUCCUGGUUCACAAAACGGGAUGGAACAUAGUGCAAGCAGAGAUGGAUUUACAGGAUGGCCAACUUCUCCCGAUUACAUUUCAAAGUCAUUACAUGUUAUUGAGUUUUUAAUUUCUCGAUAUGCGAAGCAUCCUGCCUUGCUUGGAAUUGAACUUUUGAAUGAACCAUCCGCCAGCACAGUUUCCUCAGAUAUUUUAAUUUCCUACUACAAGCAAGGCUAUCAAAUUGUUCGGAAAUACUCGUCGUCGGCUUAUGUGAUAGUGUGCCAGAGAAUCGGCAAUGCAGAUCCUUUGGAGCUUUAUCAAGCCAACAUAGGAUCUACCAAUUUAGUUUUGGAUUUGCAUUUCUACAACCUUUUUGACACAUUCUUUGUUAAUAUGAGCGCCAGGGAUAAUAUACAAUACAUAUACAAAAGUAGGGAAAAUAUGUUGCUGGCCUUCAAUGAUUCAAAUGGCCCACUCGUUUUUAUAGGAGAGUGGGUGAAUGAGUGGAAUGUGGUGAGUGGAUCACAAACGGAUUAUCUGGAAUAUGGAAAGGCACAGUUAGAUGUGUAUAAUGCAGUGUCGUUUGGUUGGUGUUAUUGGACUAUAAAGAAUGAUAGGGAGCACUGGGAUUUUGAAUGGAACAUUAGGAAGAAGUAUCUUCAAUUUGGUAACUCCCCCAGAAAACAGAACAUAUACAUUCUGGGAUUGUUUGGAUUGGCUUUCACUUGGUUUUGUCUUCACUUUUUGUGA